AUGGCGAUGGACGGAAUGAUGUCCACGUCUUCGGGUCUGUCUUACCACAAUGCCGGGGACUUCUACCCUAGAAAGUUUGGCCCGAAGCCGGACGUGGUGCCGUCCGGGGUCACGGAGAGGAAAGUGGGUCCGCUGGAUAAACCUGACAUGGUGUCGGUGGAUGUUAUCAACGUCAGCGACUCAGAUGUCCACAUGCAUAGAAAGAAGCAUGAACAUGACACAUAUGUCCUGGGAACCAUUCAUCCUUUCAGGAAGACCCACAGAUCCAUCUUUGGAAAACUGCAGCAAGAAUUCAGACUCGUCACCUCAGAUAGACGGUCGUGGAGGAUCCUGCUGUUUGGGGCGCUCAACCUGCUGUGUACCGGCUGUCUGCUGAUGUGGUGCAGCUCCACCAACAGUAUGGCCUUAACUGCCUACACAUACCUCACCAUCUUCGACCUGUUCAGUUUGAUCACCUGCCUCAUCAGUUCCUGGGUGACCAUGAAGAAACCAAGCCAGGUCUAUUCAUUUGGGUUUGAAAGACUGGAGGUUUUGGCAGUUUUUGCGUCCACUGUUCUCGUCCAGCUGGGAGCCUUGUUCAUCCUGAAGGAGAGUGUGGAGCGCUUCAUGGAGCAGCCUGAGGUCCAUACCGGUCGUCUGUUGGUGGGGACAUUUGUCGCUCUGUUCUUCAACCUUUUGACUCUGCUGUCUGUCAGGAACAAACCCUUCACCUACGUCUCAGAAGCGGCCAGCAGCAGUUGGCUUCAGGAACAUGUGGCAGAUCUGAGUCGAAGUUUGUGUGGCAUCAUUCCAGGUCUGAGCAGCGUGCUGCUGCCUCGUAUGAACCCGUUUGUCUUGAUCAACAUGGCCGGAGCUCUUUCCCUCUGCAUCACCUACAUGCUCAUAGAAAUCAAUAACUAUAACGCGGUUGACACGGCGUCAGCGGUUGCCAUCGCGCUCAUGACCUUUGGCACCAUGUAUCCCAUGAGCGUCUACAGCGGCAAAGUGCUGCUGCAGACGACGCCGUCUCACAUCAUUGGCCAGCUGGACAAACUGCUCAGAGAGGUGUCGACUCUGGACGGGGUGUUGGAAGUGCGAAACGAGCACUUUUGGACUGUCGGCUUUGGAUCUCUGGCCGGCUCCGCACACGUUCGUAUCCGUCGUGACGCCAACGAACAGCUGGUUCUGGCUCACGUCACCAACCGGCUGCUGCCGCUGGUCUCCACGCUGACCGUCCAGAUCUUUAAAGAUGACUGGACCAGGCCGCUCCUCACCGGGGCCCUCUCCUCCUCCUCCGCCUCCUCUGUUCCCCCUCUGGGUCCUGAAAGCUACGGCGCUCUGUCCUCCUCCUCCUCCUCUCUGCCUCCUCUGCUCUCGUCCUCAGGAGUAGACAUGGACCCACUGACCUCCACGCCCUCCAAACCCAGCAGCCCUCCUCCAGAGUUCGCCUUCGACACACCGGGAAGGAAUGUGCAGCCGGUGGUCCUUCCUGCUCCGGGACACCACACCCACAGGCCGUACGGAGGUCUGGGACUCGCCUACGGAGCGUCUCCUUACACAGGAAUGCUGAGUCAGGGUCUAGCACGGCCCGGCGGCGGGCUGGGACUGGGUGCGCAAGGUCUUGGAGCAGGGUUUGGACUGGGUGUGACUGGGAGCGGGAUGCCGUCCUCUCAGAGCUACAGGACUGCCUUCGGAGGGUCAACGGCGCCGCUGCGGUUUGGAACCAGCAACCCUCUGGCUUCACAGGCGCAGUACAGACAAUACCGACCCUGAUUGUGCCGCGCUAGAACUGUGAUACUUUGAAGGUCAAGUUUCUCCAGUCCUCGGUUCAGAUAUUUGAAACUCUGAUGAGAUUUAUUCCCUGUCCAGGCCGGAUGGCAGACGCUACAGCAUUUACUCCCAGUGUGACAACAAGAUGGUAACUUCAGAUUAAGAUCUUGUAGUGUGAGUCUCCCCUGGCCUCAGAGGAGAGGCGGCGAGUACGUUAUGGUAUUUAUUCUGUUGACAAAAGGACCAAGAGCUUGACUGAGGUUGAAUUUGGUGUUUUUUUUAUUUUGUCAGGAUCUUGGGAAACAGCCUCACUGUCGGGAUGACAAGAAGCAGAGUGUCUAUACUUAUUUUUACGGUUAUUUUGUAACAGUUAUGGCUGUAAGGAAUUUUUUUGGGGGGGGGGCAACAUCAUCAAACAUUCCUGGUGAGAGAAAAUAAAAUCUUUAAUUUAACUGAAUUCCAGCGUUACAUUUUAAAUGUCAUUUAAGGGCACUAAAAUCCGACAUAUUUCACAGAAGAACUGGUUUCCAGCUCCUCCAACACAAACAUUACAAGCAACCAGUAGUCAGGAGGUCAAAGGUCAGAGGUGACAGCACUCAGAUGACAGUCAAGCUGAUGUAAGUCGAAAAAAAGCGAAGAUAAAAGAGUAACUCAAUCAAAUUUAGGGAGAAAAUGGAGGUGAUCAAGAAGACAGUAGCUCUUAAGUGUAUCUAAGUAUGUGAAUGUUUCAUGGCCAUUUAACCCAGAUUAAAACACAGAAUAUUAUGCUUCAAACCAAACCUUUGUUUGUAAUUUGCAGCUGAUCAUCUACUAUAAAAUUUGGGAUAAAACUCUUUUUUUUUUUUUCAUAGUAGCUUAAAUUUCAGUAUUUGGACUGCAGGAGUGCUGCUGCAGACACAGAUACAGAGAGUGAAUUAAUCUUUUUCCAAAAAAGCAUGUAUAGGCCUUAAACUAACAAUUGAGCAGAUUAUUUUUUAAUCUAUCAAUUCAUCAUUUGGUCUAUCGUGUCAGAAAAUCACAAUACCCAAAGCAUGGCAUAUUACCAAAAGUCCAAAAUUAAAGAUUUUCAAUUUACCAUCAAAUCCAAAAAAGAAAUCUUCAAAUUUGGGACAUUCCAACUUGCAGUUAUUUUAUUUUAUUUUAUUUUAUUUUAUUUUAUUUGCAUUUUUGCUUGAAAAAUGUUUUAAAAGAGUAAAAAUAAUCAUUCUGCAGGGUGUAUCUUAUCUUAAAACAGCACAUUUUUUGUUUCCUGCAUGUAUUCAGCAGCAGCUCUGCAGACAAAUUUCUCAUCUGUCCUCUAAACAAUUACAUCUCCUCAGGUCAAAUUUCGAGGAUUUUAGGAAAAAGCUGGACGACAUGAUGAAACGUGGAGCCUUUCUGUAAAGAGUACCAUUUCAUGUUCUAAACUGGGAGUUUGUAGUUGUCUGUGAUUUUGAUGAUUAUGUAUGUUUUUAAUCUGAACUCGGGCUGGGUGUCAUAAAGGUACUUUAUAGAUAUUAGUUUCUGACGGGUCACACGUUUUUGGUGCCUUUCUCUCAUUCAGGGAAUCAAAAAAAAAACCUUGAAAGACAUAAAAAUGUUUAAUCAGAACUGAAAUAUCAAACAUAUGUAAAGUAAAACAAUUGAAUGAUAUUCCACAACAGCCAAAGGUACGGUUAUGUGUCGGAGAAAUGUACGUAAAUAGAGUAAACAAAGAACGGCGUUAAUUGAAAUCUUUAUUGACACUCAGCCCUAAUGAGAAAUGUUCCAUGUGAGUUUAUUUAAAAAGAGACUGGGAUUGUGUUAUUAAAACACAGGUCAUGAUUUUUUUUUCUCAUCAUUUGUCCUGCAGUCCUCCUCCCAUCUGUGACAUGGCCUGCAGUUAAAAAAAAAAAAAAAAGAAAAUACAUCAUUCCUGAUGCUUUUUGGUUGUCAAGGUGUGAAAAAGUGUAUUUGUUAACAGCUGAUGUCACUGUGAGCCGUCAGGGCAUUAUGCAUUAUGUUGUGUGAGUGUGUGUGUCCGUCUGUUCACAGCCAAUCUUGCAAAUUACUGGACCAGCCUCAUGUUUUUUGUGCACAUGUAUGUCUGUAUGUUUAAGGACCCUUUGUGGCUGCAGUGAUUUGUGAUUGUUUGAAACCUGUGUUAUUGACAGUUUGACAGCCAUUAGGAGCCACAAGUUUUCUGUGCAUUGGCUGGACUAAAAACAGCAAGCCUUACAUACAUAAUAAGACAUAAUUUGGCCCUUUUCAUAACGCAGAAUAUCUGCAAAUUAAUUCCAAACCCGAUUUGUUACAAUCAACUAAAACUAGGCACAAUACAAGAUCAUUUAGUCCACGUUUUUGUUUUUUUCUUGCCAUUUUUACUGUAAGGGAGCAGAGAAGGACUCUUCCACAGGGCGCCGUUUUUUAUGGUUUGAUUAAAUAAACGAACCGUGUAUUCUGA